AGAAAUGAACAUUCAAAACUCUCAGGAGCUUUCAUAUCAAUCGAAUGAUGUAUCUGUCGAAAAAGAUAUUUCUUGUAUAUCAAAACCAAAAUAUUUCGGCUCAAAAAUAUUUCAAGGUGUUAUCUUUGGUCAAAUAACGUCGGAUUUCAACGUCUCAUGGGAAUUGCGUGUCAGUUAUUUUUUGACUAUUGUAACAGUAAUUACAAGAGUAACAUCAUCUAUUAUAGGAUUUAUGAUACCAGCUAUUUUAGCAGGGAUGAUUGUCUUAAGCCGAAUAUCCAAACUUGAUGGGUCAGGUACAAAUAUUAGCAAAUUAAUGGAAGCAUCUAUGUCACGUAGUUUAUAUUGUACUAUAACGACUUGUUUUAGUACUGGUAAAACUCGUAAGCUUGCUAUAAUUAUUGUCUUAGUCUUAUUAUGGCAAUAUCUAGCAUCAGCAGCUGAUUUGUAUCUUCAUAUAACUGCUAUUGGAAAUUCUCAACAAUUGCCUGGAUUAACUAUCCCAAGUACUAGAGCAUUAGACAUAGCAACCAAUUGUACCGAAACAAAUAACGAAAAUAAUUGUGUAAAAAGAAAACGUGGAACGAAGAAUAAUGAGAAAGUAUUAAAAGUAUAUCUAAAUGCGAGUGAUUCUUUAGUAACUUGGCAAAGUGAUGAUGGAAUUUACCUUAUACAAUCUCCACCUUUGGAGAAAACCUAUUCAUAUUCCGGAUCUGGUGUAUUUUUACAACCUUCAUGUAUACCCAUAAGUAGCAUAUGUAAUUUAAAGGCCAGAUAUGGUGCUAGGACAAAUUAUAGUUGUCCUGAAGAAUUCUGGUAUGCUUCAGGGAAUACCGUAACGCAAUCAUUCAAUGUAAAUAUUACUGAAGGAAUGCAUGGUCCUGGACCUCUACAUGCAAUUGUCACUUUACGUUAUGCUAAAGAGCUCUCAACUAAUUAUGAUUCCGAAUUCGUAGCAGAAGUACAUGGCGACCUUUCAUUUCUAUUAUAUUGCCAAAUUUUUUCUUCAAUAAUUAGUUAUAACAUAACUCUUGAAGUGUUAAAAGCGUCCCCACUAAGAAACUUGACAAGUUCACAAUUCUUUACACUUGGUCAAGCAUCAACAUCAUCUAAAAUGGUUGGGCGAGUGAUAAAUGAUAUUGAAGAUAUAAGUUUUAAAGGAAAUAGUACAUUGCUCGCUAAUGCAUUUGCACAAAAGUGGGCUCAAGCAACUAUUGCUUCAUUUAGUGGUAUAGUACAAGAAAAUGGGGAAGGGGAAGGGUAUUCUUAUACGCUUGCAGUGAAUCAGGAUCUAACCAUUGUCCCACUUGCAGCUAUCUUAAUUUAUGCUACUGUUAUUAUAUUACCAUUAAUAAUCUUCUCUUGUGUAAGUCUUUAUUCUUUUGAAAAUUGUUCAGAUAGUAUACCUAUCAGUUGGAUACUUGCCGAAUUCCUUUGUACACCACAGAGACUGCUUUAUCAAGCUAUAAUUAAGGAACAUUAUGCUGAUGAUGAUUGUUUGAAAAAUUUGGCAAUGCAGGAAAGAAUAAUUGAAAAUAUUGAGUGUAAUAUUAAGACAGAUGAAGGGCAUAUUGAAUUAGUAUCACAAAAAUUUAAAAACGAUACUUAA